GAUAUCUUACUCGAGAAUGCCUGUUACUAUUCAACCAGAACAGGAACAAACUCGGGGCAACGAAGUGAAGCGAAUCGACAUGUUGUUGAUUAGAGGCUUUGAGCUCGCGCCACCACCCGACGCCACAUGCUAUGCCCCUCACUGUGUUAUCAGCUGCUUGGACCGCAAGCUUAAAGACCCGAAGGGCCACUCACUGCAUUGCUGCAUACCCGACUUGUACAUACAGAUGUCAUACUCACUGCUGCCUUCGGGUUCUUAUCUUCUUUACCUUCCAUUCCGAUAGCGAAUUCUGCCUAGGAUCCAAAACAAAGCGCACUACAGAAAGAAUUCAGAGACUCUGGAGACCCUACCUGCCUUUCAGGAGUUUCAGGUAACCUACAUAGUCUCUUCCGCAUCUCCGCCAACACUGCCUCCUAGGAUCGCGAAAUGUUUAAUCCGUGGAACCCCGGCGGUGCCGAUUAUCGCGGGAGCCUUCGGGCCCCUCGAGCGCAGCGGUUUGAUGAAUACUACCGCUGUUACCCCCUGAUUAUGGCGCCUGGCGCCGAGCGGCCAGAGCUCAACUACGGCUCCAAAAUCUUCCUCCCGCCGUCAGCCCUAGACAAGGUGUCGAGGUUGCACGUCCAAUGGCCUAUCAUGUUAGAGCUUAUCAACGGUGCAACCGGCAAGCAUACACAUGCCGGCGUGCUCGAGUUUGUGGCUGAAGAGGGUAGAGCAUAUAUUCCCCAGUGGAUGAUGGAAACUCUUCAGUUAGAUGUUGGAGACAUGAUCCAGGUCAAGACGACGUCGCUUGAGCUUGCCAAACUGGUCAAACUGCAACCACAGUCGGUCAAUUUUCUCGAGAUUACCGAUCCGCGAGCCGUGCUCGAAAAGGCAUUUCGCAACUUCGCGGCUCUAACAAAGGGGGAUGUCUUCAACUUUGAGUACAACGACGAGAUCUACAAUGUGGCUGUGUUGGAUGUUAAGCCCGAGACCGAUAAGAUGGGCGUUAGCAUGAUUGAGACAGAUGUCAGCGUCGAAUUUGCCCCGCCAGUAGGUUACGUUGAGCCUGAACGGGUACCACGGGGCAGCGGCACCAGCACGCCUGGCAGCACACGAGGCGUGGGCGGACUCCCCCCCGGGGGCUUGUUGCACAACCAGGGCACAAUGGCCCAAGCAAUCAACUACGACGCCAUUGCGCCGAGUGCUGUUGCAGCGUCGGCAGGAAACUUUCUAGGCGAGGGACAACGGUUGAGCUCCAAGAAAGGCGGCAAGACACCGACCCCCAAGCCCGCAACCCCCGCGGAAACUGCGCUGCCGAAACGGCGGAACAACGGACCGGCUCCAUUGCGUUUACCGCCAAAUAAGUUGUUCCUCGGGUACGAGAUCAAGCCGGUCAAAACGGCCGAAGAUAAGGAGCGGGAAGCGGCGAACGCUAGGCAGCCCCACUUUGCUGGUCAGGGUCAAACAUUAAGGGGCACUGUCAAGAGGAAGGGUGACGGAGACGAAAACGAAGUGGCAGACAGGGGAAAGAAAGCCGAGGAGAGUAAGGGCAGGAGGCUGGACGGCAGGAAAGUCUAGGUGCAGCAGGUGUUGGCGCCGUCAGUCGGGAUCUGAAUUCUUGGUGUCAGGGAAAAUGGCCUCCAGACUUCUGGACACUCCCGCAGGUCGCGAAGAGUGAUUGCGAAGGGCUAGUAUCCAUGACAUUCUAUGUCGUCUAGCCAGGUUCUAGCGCUGCUAUGCGCCAUGCAGAGCACCUGGCUCAGUCUUACUUUUCGAUACCCGCCUGAAUUCAUCACUAGGUAGUUUUGGUCAGGCAAGGACAAGGCGCUGCCUAACCACUGGCAUACACAAUAGAAAUCAGCGUGGAAGCUGCCGUGCGACAUGAAUUGAU